AUGCGGUUGUCCCGGGCUGAGCCGCCAUUGAGAAAAGAGGUGGUGGAGUAUAUGCUGGAUGUGGGGUCCCACAUGUGGAGCAUGAGAAGAAGUAAAGCUAAUUUCUUCAGAAUCAUGGGUGUUUUAAGUGGUUUGAUUGCAGUUGGAAAAUGGUUUGACCAGAUUUGUAACUGGAAGAAUCCGAUCACAACCGUCUUGAUUCACAUCCUUUUCUUGAUUUUGGUUUUAUACCCUGAGCUUAUUCUCCCUACUAUUUUCCUCUAUCUUUUUCUGAUUGGAGUUUGGUACUAUAGAUGGAGACCAAAGAACCCACCCCACAUGGACACCCGUCUUUCUUGUGCUGACAAUGCACACCCUGAUGAACUUGAUGAAGAAUUCGACACCUUUCCAACUUCUCGCCCUGCUGACAUCAUCAGAAUGAGAUAUGACCGAUUAAGGAGUAUUUCUGGAAGGAUUCAGACGGUUGUUGGUGACUUGGCAACACAAGGAGAGAGGCUUCAGUCUUUGCUGAGCUGGCGAGAUCCCAGAGCAACUGCUUUGUUUGUGAUUUUCUGUUUGAUUGCUGCUAUUGUUCUUUAUGUCACACCUUUCCAAGUUGUGGCACUUCUGACUGGAUUCUAUGUGUUGAGACACCCGAGGUUUCGCCAGAAGCUUCCUUCUGUCCCUCUCAACUUCUUUAGAAGAUUGCCAGCCAGAACUGACUGCAUGCUAUGA